AGAACUAGUACGCACAGAAGAACGCGCGGCAGACUUCUUUAUGAAGGAGGACAGGCAAGGCACAUGACCGAGGAGGAGGAGGGUGGCACGGUGGCAUCGCCUACAGGAAUCUCAUUCUGAAGUAACGCCGCGGAAAAAAAUGCGCUGAGGUUUUCAUUUGACAUAGCGGAGGAUUUGUCUGCCGUUCGGUCGUCACCGAAGAGAGGGACCACAAUCCCAACAAAGGAGAAAGGUACUUCGAAGUUGCGCUGGACUAUUCGACGCGACGUUUUGAAGAUGAAUACCAACGAUGCCAAGGAGUAUCUCGCCAAACGAGAGAUACCUCAACUAUUUGAGAGCUUGCUGACAGGUCUGAUGUACUACCGCCCUGAGGACCCCGUCGACUACCUGGAGGGCUGCCUGCGGAAGGUGCGCGAGCUGGGGGGAUCUGAGAAGGUGCGAUGGGACACCUUCGUGGGCCAGGAGAAGAAGUCUUUGCCCCCCCUAAACGGGGGCCAGUCCCGGAGGUCCCUCUUCAGAAACGUGCUGCCCGACAGCCCCAACUUCCCGUACCGGCGGUACGACCGCCUGCCUCCCAUCAGCCAGUUCUCCAUCGAGAGCGACUCGGACCUGUCGGAGACGGCCGAGCUCAUCGAGGAGUACGAGGUGUUCGACCCCGCCCGGCCGCGGCCCAAGGUCAUCCUGGUCAUCGGCGGCCCGGGCAGCGGCAAAGGAACACAGAGCCUGAAGAUCGCCGAGCGCUACGGCUUCCAGUACGUGUCGGUGGGGGAGCUGCUCCGCCGGAAGAUGAUCCACAACGCCACCAGCAACCGCAAGUGGAGUCUGAUCGCCAAGAUCAUCACCAACGGAGAGCUGGCGCCGCAGGAGACCACCAUCACUGAGAUCAAACAGAAGAUCAUGAAGAUACCCGACGCCGCUGGGAUCGUCAUAGACGGGUUCCCGCGUGACGUUGGACAGGCCUUGUCAUUUGAAGACCAGAUCUGCACCCCCGACCUGGUGGUGUUCCUGGCCUGCGCCAACCACCGCCUGAAGGAGCGCCUGGAGCGCCGGGCGGAGCUGCAGGGACGCCCCGACGACAACCCCAAGGCCACGGAGCGGCGCCUCACCAACUUCAAGCAGAACACCAUCCCCCUGGUCAAGUACUUCCAGGAGCGGGGGCCCAUCGCCACGUUCGAUGCUGAUCGAGAUGAGGAGGAGGUUUUCAGUGACAUCAGCAACUUGGACAGCAAACUUUUCCCUUUCAAAUCACGGGUAGCAGGGCCCGGUGAACUGGAUCUCAGCCUACUGGGCGAACCCAACAGUCUGCCAGAUGCUCCUGGGGAGAGCGGGGUCACGGCAGGACCGCCUGGGCCUGGCCCGGGUCAGCCCGGCGAGCUGCUGGUCCGCGAGCUGCAGAGCCACGGCGACCGGGGGCGCCACCUACAGGACGUCCUGGAGCGCGGCGAGCCGGUGCCCGAGGUGGGUGACCCGGUCCUCAAAGAGCCCCCAUCCCCAGGCUUGUGA